AUGCCGGCUGACUACGAAUCGGCAGCGCGGGCGCUAUCCCUUUCGCCGAACCCGUCCUCGCCAUCCAACGACCGCUCCGAUAUCCGCCCGCCAUGGUCAUCCACAAGAUCCAACAGCCGCCUGUCAGGCGCUCCCUUUGGUAGAGGACAUGCUUCUUCCCGGAGGACGACGGUAUUGUCCGGCGUUAACCGCACAAUUCGGUCAGCGUAUCAGGCUGGCAACCGCCUGUGGGGGAUGUACCUUGCCCUCCCCCUCGUGCAACGGAUUGUGGUGGCGGUGGUCCUACUCAUCGUCAACGUCCUUGGCCUACUAUUCCUCAUUUAUUCGCAUGCGAUCUUCAAAUGGCUUGCUCCGGUAUCACAAAAGUGGCGGGCUCUCCCGGGCGGGUGGUUAAUUAUCUGGUGUUUUACCUUCUUGACGGCAUUCCCGCCAAUGAUUGGCUACAGUACAGCCAUUUCGGUGUCGGGAUUCGUUUACGGAUUCCCAUUGGGAUACCCCAUCGUGGCGACAGCGACCGUAGCUGGAAGCCUAACGGCGUUUUAUACGAGCAGAGGUAUCUUCAGUGGUUACGUCCAUCGGUUGGUGGGACAGGAUCAUCGAUUUAUUGCACUUGGUCAGGUUCUGAGGAAAGAUGGUCUCAAGAUGCUGACGGCGGUGCGAUUCUGUCCGCUGCCAUAUAGCUUGUCCAACGGCUUCCUGUCUACCAUCCCUUCUAUCAAGCCGUGGGCAUUCGCCGUGUCAACGGCGUUAGCCAGUCCGAAGUUGCUUGUCCAUGUCUUCAUCGGCAGUCGCCUUGCCCUUAUCGCCGAAAAAGGUGACGAGAUGUCGGCCGGUGGCAAGGCCAUCAACUACAUUUCCAUGAUCCUCGGCGGUACUGUAGGUCUUGUUGUCGGCUGGGUUAUUUACAAUCGCACCAUGGCCCGCGCUGCCGAGCUGGCCCUCGAGCAGGCCGAGUCUGAGGGAGUUGUGGUCCCCGGCCGGGACCCAGCACCCGACUACUCCGAUGUCGAGGCUGGCCUCGUCGACCCGGAGGAUGUGGCAGCACUCAUGGACGACGAUGACAUCUCGCUCUGGGCGCGCGAGGCUGUUGACGAGGAGGACGGUGGAUUGGGUGAGUAUCACGAUGACGAUGACGAUGAUGAGGGAAACGGUCCUAAGGGAAGACAAGAAGGGGGCAAGAACACGCAUUAUGACGAACAAAAUAGGUUUAAAGACACAACAAAUUGA